ACGAUUCGAUCUCGACACACGACCCAACCUUCAUCCCGAUCACCACGAUACAUCGCAAACGAGCGUUAUCGCACGCGCGCGACGACCAUUCGCGAGUAUAUAUUAGACAACUGAAUCAUAUCGUAGAGAGAAAAAAAGAGAAAUAAAGAGAAAAAGGGAGAUACAUACAAUCGGUAUUCUAUCGGUUUUCGUGGAGUUUCUCGCGUCGAAUCAAAGGAGCAAAGAGGAAGAAGACUCGCUAUUGCCGUUGCUUGUUGGUGCUGCUACUACUUUUCCCCACGUCCACUGUGACGAGUUUGACGAUAAAGAAAGAUUAAAAGAACAUCGAUCAAGAUGAUGAAGCUCGUCCUGAUAUCGAUGGUGUGCUUGCUGGGAGCAAGAGCUGCUCCCUUGGCGAAUCAUCACGAAGCUGAAGCACCUCCGACCGUGGUACCGCUCGAGAAAGUAGCCUCAGCGAAUUCUGAAGAAACUGCAAAUGUGCCUUCCGAUACUGUCGCGUCUUCGAUCACACCAGCGGAACCAUCAUUGGCGCCAGCUGUUGUGGAAAACGCAGAGGCUAAAUCAGAACUUUCGGCCGAAGCUCAAAUACCAAAUCUGAAAAGCGAGACGAAUCUGGAGAAUUCUCCUCAACCUCAAUCCUCCUCUUCGUCUCAGGAGAAGAAGGAAGAUGAAUCUAAGCCGGUAGCUCGCGAAGCAUCAUUGGAGCAAGCUAACGAAAAAAAGGAACUCCCUGAACAGAAUGCCGAAGCACAAGUCGUGCCACAAACGCAGCCACAACAACAACAAUCUGGCGAAGCUAAGAAGGAGGAUGAAAGUCUGAAGGAAGCAGCAUCCGAAGUGAAGGAAACUGUGCAAGCUACCUCACAAGAGGCACAGCCACAAGCUCCAGCUGAAGUGGCCGAGAAGAAGGAUCAAGCAGCACUGGCCGAAGGAAAGAGUACCGAAUCGAGCGAGGAGUCCCAAGAGAAGAGAGAUGUGUCAAAGGAUGAAGAACCAACACAAGAAGAGAAAAAAUCCGAGGAACAAGCGAAAAGUUCUUUGGCGAAGGCAGAAGAAGCUGUGCCAGCCCCUGUUGGAAGUCAAGCUCAAGAAGCCGAGAAGAUACUUGAAAAUUCGAACGAAGCUAAUAAGAACGAGGAAUCAUUGAAAGAGGAAGUCAAGGCCGAAGAGAAGCCAGAUCGUGUGACUCGGGAUGCCGAGGAAUCUGUACCAGCUGUACUACUCGAAAAAUCUCAGACUAGCGAAGAUGCAACCAACAAGGAUCAAGAGAGCGAAAAGAAUAAUCAAACUGAGGAAAAGAAAGGUAACGUAGCAUCCGAAAGAACAGCCGCAGAGAUCGAAAAACCAGUAGAACCAACGAGCUCUUCUUCGUCAAAUGGCAAUCAAGAGGAAGAUGUCAAAGACGGCGAGUCGGUCGCGUUGCCUCAAGCCGAGAAGGAAGCUAAGAGCGCUGGAUCCGAGGAAGCGGUAAAGGAACAGAAACAAUCAGAAGGUGAUGCCGACGCUGCCGCAAAACCAGAGGAAUCUAGCCAGAUCAAGCGAGAUGCUUCAGCGGCGGAAGAGGAGCAAGCGAAGUCGAAACCCGAGGAAUCUCUGAAACAAGAGACCAAACUGGAAGUAGCCACCGUCGCUGCCACUGCUGCUGCUCCUGGCAUCGCCAUUGAUGUUAAGGAACGCUCAAAGGAAUCCUCUUCUGAAGAAGACAAGUCAGUCGAAAAGGAAGACGCUAAGAAUAGCAGCGAAGAGGAAGAUGACGAGGACAAGAAAUCCUCUUCCGAGGAAAAAUCUUCGAAAGCGAUAGAGGAAUCGAAGCCAGAGUUGUUGCCAAAACCGGAAGAAGUAAAGGAUGCAAACGUUGACUCGUCGACCCAGUUGAAGACUCUCUCAUCCUCUUCGGCACAAGAGGACAAUAGUCCGGCACUCCUUCACAGCAGUAACGCCAGCCAAAAGAGCGAGGAGAACAGCAGCCAGAGUAACAGCGAGGAGAAGAGCGCCUCAUAAAGGGACGACGCUCGUUGACACGAUCGGCAGGAAAUGCACUAGACCAUCCCCGAAGGAAGAUCGAUCAAGAGAGGGAAAAAGAGGAAGAGAGAGGAAGAAUCGCCGAGUGUAAACGACGGAAUGUCAGCUCAAGAUUAUAGGAAAGAAAGAUAUUAAACGACAACAAAAAAAUUACAAACUAACUAAAAAAGAAAAAGAAAAAUAAAGAGUGUGCGAGCAUCAAUGUGGAUGUGUGCGCGUGUGUGAAUGUAUGUAUAUGUCGAAAGGAAAGAGAGAGAGAGAGAGAGAGAGAGAGAGGGAGAGCGAGAGAGAGAGAGAGAGAGAGAGAGAGAGAGAGAGAGAGAAAGAGAUGAGGUGGGAAGAAGAGAAAACGAGACAAGGACACAAAACACAUCCGAUCGACAGUGGUGUAGGGUGCAUAUUCCCUGGCGCGCUACGAUUUCGAAUAUCCAAGAGACGAAUUUUUUAGCGAGGAAAAUAGAAAAAAGGAAGAAAGGAGGGACCAAAGAAGUAGGAUGACCACGCGAUGAAUCGCGACCCGAUUCGAAAAUAAAUCCGAAGUUGUGCACGUGGUCGUCCUUCUUCCUGAGGAUCCGGUUCGGCGAAUUUUCUCUGCACCGAGCUGCACCCUCGUUCGUCCUGACGUACAAUUACAACACGGCUCUUACUUCCGGUGGAUGGUACGCGAGGACGAAUCUCUUCUGCUCUCCUGACUUUACUUUUUCUUUUCUUUCUUACUUUUUUUUUUUCAACAUCCUCAUCCCAGGACUCCCCCAAUUUUAUAUAUACAUAUAUAUAUAUAAAGAAAUAUAUGUGUGUAUGUCCUUUUUA